AUGAACGCCAAAAAGUGGCAUCAAAGUUGGCCACGUGACUGCUGCCCCUCUUUCCAACAAUAUCAGCGCAUCUACGCAGGUGGUGCUGACAAGACGUCAAGUACCCGACCUCUGGGCUUGGGUGAUCCGUCUUCAAGGUCCAAAAUGGACUUGACGCAUGAUGACUACACAAUCACAUGGAUCUGCGCCCUGCUCAUCGAAAUGGCAGCCGCAAAGCUGAUGCUGGAGAAAUUCCAUCCUCCACUAUGGCAGCCGCAAACCGACCACAACGUCUACACUCUCGGGAGCGUCAGUGGUCACCAUGUCGUUAUUGCAUGUCUGCCCUCAGGGAUUUACGGAACCACGUCCGCGGCGAUCGUCGUCGACCAGAUGCUAAUGACCUUCUCUCAACUCCGAUUCGGCCUCAUGGUCGGUGUCGGGGGUGGUGUGCCUAGUCCCGGGAAGACUGAUAUCCGCUUGGGAGAUGUGGUUGUUAGUAUGCCGACCUCAGGCUCUACUGCUGAUGGGGUCAUUCAGUAUGACUAUGGGAAACAGCUGCAUGAUGAAUCUUUUCGUCAGACGGGGUCGCUCAACAAACCUCCACGACACGUUUUAACGGCGAUCUCACAAAUCCGGAGUGAGGAUUUGAUUGAGGACACUUCGAGUCGGAUCGAGGAAGUGAUAUCUGAUGUACUUGAGACAAAAGAUUGGAAAGUCCGAGAUCAGUUUUAG